UAUUAUUUCAAAAACAGCUUGGUAAUUCAUAUUUUUCAGAGUAAUAUCAAAAUGUUGUACUUACUGGCACUUUUGGCUAUUAUGCCAAGUGCAAUGGCUGGUCCAGAGGAUUGCUUGCCGAUGGAUACUAAGCCUCCAAAAUGUGAAGACUAUGUUAAUCCAGUAACAAAGGAGCCAGUAUUUAUUGAGCAUAUGUGGAAUUGCAGCCGAUUCUGGGUUUGUGAGCCUGACCUUUCUGCAUGUCUUUUUGAAUGUGCAAAAGCUAGUGCUACUGAAGCUCUUUACUUUGAUGUAAGAUACCAAUACCCAGUUGGUCCUGUAUGUGACUUCAUUACACUGCCUUCAAAAAUUGAUUGCUACAUGCCUGUGGAGUGUCUUGUGGAUGAGGAUUGUUUAGAUAAUGAGUACUGUGAUGAUGGCAAAUGUCUGGAAGGGUGUAGAAACAAUGCUGCUUGUGGAACAUGUGGAGAAUGCAUAGAUCAUGAGUGCACAGAGCCUGAGUGCUGCUUAGAUUCAGAUUGCGAGGGUUGUUCCUCCUGCUUAGGAAAUCAGUGCACCCCUCUUGAGUGCUGCAAUGAUUCUGAUUGUACAAAUAUGAGCUGUUCAACUUGCACCAUGGAGUCCAACAUCUGUAAGAAUCCAGAAUGUUGCAGCGAUGCUGAUUGCAAAGUUGAUGAAUACUGUUCUGAUAAUCAAACCUGCGAAGUUGGAUGUAAUGAAGAUUCAGACUGCAAAGAUUGCUCUACUUGUGAAAGCAAUCAAUGCACUGAACCAGAGUGCUGUGCUAAUGAGGAUUGUACAGCCAUGACUUGCUCAACCUGUAACUUGGAUUCCUUUGAAUGCAUCAAUCCUGAAUGCUGUUCAGAUGCUGAUUGUUUAGAUACAGAGUACUGCUCAGAUGCAAACACCUGUGAAGUUGGAUGUAAUGAAGAUUCAGACUGCAAAGGCUGUUCUACUUGUGAAAGCAAUCAAUGCACUGAACCCGAGUGCUGUGCUAAUGAGGAUUGUACAGCCAUGGCUUGCUCAACCUGUAACUUGGAUUCCUUUGAAUGCAUCAAUCCUGAUUGCUGUUCAGAUGUUGAUUGUUUAGAUACAGAGUACUGCUCUGAUGCAAAUACUUGCGUACCAGGAUGUAAUGAGAACUCAGAUUGCACCACCAUGUCAUGCUCAUCAUGUGAUCUGAAUGCUAUGCAGUGUAUUGACCCUGAUUGUUGUUCUGAUGAGGAUUGUGCCUCUACUGAAUAUUGUACUGAUGCCUUGAUCUGUGAGGAUGGUUGCAGAACUGAUGCUGAUUGUGGUGGUUGUGCAACAUGUGAAGAUCAUGUCUGUACUGACCCAGAGUGUUGUGUAGAUGCAGAUUGUAUGGACCCUGAAAAACCAAUCUGUGCUGAAGACAAUUUAUGUGUAGCAGGUUGCAGGAAUGAUGAAAUGUGUCCAGGUUUUGAUGUAAUUUGCACCCCUAUGUAUGAUAAUUGUAAUUGGUGUGACAGCGAGAAUAAUGAGGUUGGACAGUGCAAUCCAGGUUGUAUUGAUGAUGAUAACUGUGCUGGAUCUCUUGAAUGUAAUGGAGUUCAUGAAUGUAUACAAGCAGAUGGUGUGACUGUUCUCAAACAGAUUGUUCUUAACACUGGAUCAUGCAAUGGAUGCCAAGGAACAGCUGUGGAGGAUGGACCCAUUCUAGAAAUCAUUGGAGGACAGAUUGUAUCUGGGGUUACUGAAUGUAAAACUAAUGCACUAGACCAUGAGGAUAUGAUUGACUUUUCCCCUGGAAAUGAAGCUGUAUUUGAGGGUGAAACUGAUAAGGAUGUUCUAGGGUCAUGUUACAAGGCUUCUCUCAUAAGUGAAGUGACAGGCGGCAAAAUUAUGUGGACUGCAAGUGUUGGAGAAUGGAGUUUGGCAAAUAACAGAGUUGAUUUUUACUGGUCAGAUGAAAAUGCAUGUCCUUACUCUUGUUGUCUCUCGGAACCUGUUCUAAGUGUGACCUCUAAUACAGCAGACUUGGUGAACUGCGCCAAAAAUUGUGGUAACUCUGUUAAGUGUUGAAAAGAAUGAACUUUUUAAAAGCAAAUUGUUUAAUUUGUCAAAUAUAUUGAAUCAUUGACUAA